AGCUCAAAUUCCGAGAAUUGGGCUCUGUUGAUUCUUAGAACUGGGGUUCUUAGAAGUGGUGAUGCAAGGAGUUUCUAGGAAAGCCCGGAGACCAGGUUUAAAAGAAACUUUUGGACUGUGAAUUGAGGCAUUGGACUCAAGAUGGCCUCGCCGGCAGACAGCUGCAUCCAGUUCACCCGCCACGCCAGCGACGUCCUCCUCAAUCUCAACCGCCUUAGAAGCCGCGAUAUCUUGACCGAUGUUGUCAUCAUUGUGAACCGGGAGCAGUUUAGAGCCCACAAAACAGUCCUGAUGGCCUGCAGUGGCCUCUUCUACAGCAUUUUCACUGACCAGCUCAAGUGCAACUUGAAUGUUAUCAACCUGGAUCCUGAAAUUAACCCUGAGGGGUUUUGCAUCCUCUUGGACUUCAUGUACACCUCCCGCCUGAACUUGAGGGAGAACAAUAUCAUGGCUGUGAUGGCCACAGCACUCUACUUGCAGAUGGAGCAUGUGGUUGACACCUGCCGAAGGUUUGUCAAGUCUAGUGAAGCAGAGAUGGUGUCUGCUGUGAAGACCCCGAGGGAGGAGUUUUUGGCUGGACGGAUGCUGGGCCACCCAGAGGUGAUGGCUUAUCGGAGCAGAGAUGUCUCAGAGAACGGCAUGCCUCUUCAAAACGGGUCCCUCUGCAAUGGGAGGGCCUUUGCACCUGGCUUGAUCAACAGUUUGUCUGGAUCCCCCAUUUCCUACCAUGGAUACAGCCCUCUCCCUCUAAAUAGCUUCCUAGUGGAUGAUGAGUUGCGGGAGAUGAGGAUGCCUCUCUCUGAACUCUCAAGGGCAGGUGCCUUCCCCAAGGAGAGGAUCCUGCCGUGCGACAGCUCCAGGACAAUCCCCACUGAGUACGUGAGAACCAUUACCGACAUCUCUGCCAACAUGUGCCAUGCUACCAUCUAUGCUCCAAAGGAAGGUGCUGCUGAAGAAGCCAGGAGUGACAUGCACUACAGCGUGGCUUCUGGGCCCAAACCUGUCAUUCCAUCAGUCCGGAACAAUCCCUACUUCCCUUGUGAUAAAGUGGCCAAAGAGGAGGAGCGGACCUCUUCAGAGGACGAGAUCAGCCAGCACUUUGAGCCCACCAACACACCCCUGGACCGCAAGGGACUCAUCAGCCCUCAGAGCCCGCAGAAAUCAGACUGCCAGCCCAACUCACCAACUGAGUCCAGCAGCAGCAAGAACGCCCGCAUCGGUCAGAACUCCAGCUCCCUCUUCACCAAGAGCCCCACAGACCCCAAAGCCUGCAACUGGAAGAAGUACAAGUUUAUUGUCCUCAACUCUCUCAACCAGAACACCAAGCAAGACAGCACUGACCAGAACGAGAUGGGAACCCUCUCUCCUCGCACCUAUGUGCCCAUGUCCACUUGCCAGCAGUCCAUGGAGCCAGAGCAUCUCAAUGUGCAAUCCCCCACCAAGAUAAGUGUGAAUGGUGAAGACUCUACAAUUCCACAAGCGAGCAGACUCAACAAUAUUGUUAACAGGUCCCGGGAUGGGUCCCCUCGGAGCAGCGAAGGGCAGUCCCCACUGUACAUGCAUUCAUCGAAGUGCAGCUCCUGUGGCUGCCAGUCCCCACAACAUACUGAGAUGUGCCUUCAUACCCCUGGCUCAAACUUUGGAGAAGAGAUGGGGGAAACCCAGUCUGAAUACUCUGACUCCAGCUGCGCCUAUCAAGAAAGUGACCCAUGCACUGACCAUCUGAUUGCUCCUCUCUCUGCCCUCCCAGAGAACGGAGCCUUCUUCUGCAACGAGUGUGACUGCCGGUUCUCUGAGGAGGCGUCUCUCAAGAGACAUUCUCUGCAAGUCCACAGUGACAAGCCCUACAAGUGUGACCGCUGCCAGGCCUCCUUUCGCUACAAGGGGAACCUCGCCAGCCACAAAACCGUCCACACAGGAGAGAAGCCGUACCGCUGCAACAUCUGCGGGGCACAGUUCAACCGACCAGCCAACCUGAAAACCCACACACGCAUCCACUCUGGGGAGAAACCCUACAAGUGUGAGACCUGUGGGGCCAGAUUUGUCCAGGUGGCCCACCUCCGUGCUCACGUGCUCAUUCACACCGGGGAGAAGCCGUACCCCUGUGAGAUCUGCGGCACACGCUUCCGGCACCUGCAGACCCUCAAAAGUCACCUUCGAAUCCACACAGGAGAGAAACCGUAUCAUUGUGAGAAGUGCAACCUGCAUUUCCGCCACAAAAGCCAGCUGCGGCUCCACCUGCGGCAGAAGCACGGGGCCAUCACCAACACCAAGGUGCAGUACCGCAUCUCGGGCAGCGAGGUGCCUCCGGAGCUCCCCAAGGCCUGCUGAAGGCACAGGAUUUCCCAGGAGGAGGUCGGCUUGGGGGGCAUGGCAGGGAGAAGCUGUCCAAAGGAUACUUGCAACACUUUAAAAGAGGAAUACAAAAAAAACAAA